GUCAGCGGUCUGUUCUCACGUGGGCGCAUCUCUCUCUGGCAGGCCAUGGUGGCGUGUUACCCGGGCGACGGGACCGGGUACGUCUGCCACGUGGACAACCCCAACGGGGACGGCCGCUGCAUCACCUGCAUCUACUACCUCAACAAGGACUGGGACGUCCAGCAGCACGGUGGCCUGCUCCAGAUCUACCCUGAGGGCCACAACGUGGUGGCCAACAUCGAGCCGCUGUUCGACCGGCUGCUCAUCUUCUGGUCCGACCGCCGGAACCCCCACGAGGUCAAGCCCGCCUACGCCACUCGCUACGCCAUCACGGUGUGGUACUUCGACGCCAAGGAGAGAACGGAGGCCAAGGAGAAGCAUCGGCUCGCAACCGGACAGAAGGGCCUGCAGGUGCCCGUCACUCAAAACAGGACAUGAGCUCGACCAUUGGCCAGCCUCCUUGUGCCUCCAGGUCUGCUGGGAACCCGCCCACAAUCACGUUAAACUGUGCAAGCCCCUCCCCUCAGCCAUCCGUCCAUCACCCAGAACAAGCUGUGACAGCGCGUUUCCAAGCGCCUGGUUGGUCUUGCACAAAAGGAGGAGGGUCCUCUAGGACCCCUCAGAGUGACCGUCUAUAGAGAGAAGAACUGAACAACCAGGAGGAGGUCCUGCAGUGUUUACAGGCGGACGGACCCAGCUCCGUACCUUCCCUCCCUCGUCGCCGUCUCCAUCCCGUGGGCUCGCUCUCCUCUCGCUCUCCUCUCGCUCUCCUCUCCUCUCGCUCUCCUCUCGCUCUCCUCUCGCUCUCCUCUCGCUCUCCUCUCCUCUCGCUCUCCUCUCGCUCUCCUCUCGCUCUCCUCUCGCUCUCCUCUCGCUCUCCUCUCGCUCU